GUCGCUUUCGCUUGCGACUUCGCGACCGCUCUACUAUCACGACGGACUCUACUGUCACGGCCGCGUUUCGAAACAAAAAAUGUGCUAAUUAUUCUUAUUUUUCGGUGUUUCAUUAAUUAAAUUUAAUUCAUAGUAUAGGCUUUUAUAGGUUUGAUAAGAGACAAUGUGUCGGACGGAAUGAAAUAGUGGAUUUGGAACUGGGGUACUAAGUGUUGAUGGAUGUGGAAGGGUGGGGUUCCAGGAUGGUGGCGGAGGAGGGCAAGACCCGAGCCACGGACUUCUCUAUCGCGGCCAUCAUGGCUCGCAGCGCGGAGCAGCCGCGCAGUCCCGUCGCGAGAUCGCCGCCAUUUCUCGGACCAUCAUCGAGACAGAGUUCUCCAGCCUCCCUCAGUUCACCGGCAUCGAGCUGCCGGUCUCCCGUCCCCGAUGAAGACGUCGAAGUCGACGUCGAGCAGUGUUCUGAUGGCGAGAGAGACGCAUCCGACACUGCAGCACCUUCACCGGCUCCCUCAUCAGAAUUAGGCGAGAGGGACACUCCAUCCCCAGCUCGGCCUCUACCACCUCCCGUGACCUCUUGCAACUGCGAGGAACUGCUGUCAGUUGAUUGUCAGCUUGAAACUAAGGAACUUUGGGACAAGUUCCAUGAUUUAGGCACCGAGAUGAUUAUCACAAAAACUGGAAGACGCAUGUUCCCGACUGUACGCGUGUCGUUUGCGGGGUGCCGCGCGGAGGCGAGAUACGCGGUGUUGCUGGACGUGGUUCCAGUGGACGGCAAGCGCUACCGCUACGCAUACCACCGCUCCUCAUGGCUGGUGGCGGGCAAGGCCGACCCGCCCGCGCCCGCGCGCCUCUACCCGCAUCCCGAUUCGCCCUUCUCCGGUGAUCAACUGAGAAAGCAGGUCGUCUCCUUCGAGAAAGUGAAGCUCACCAACAACGAGAUGGACAAAAAUGGACAGAUAGUCCUGAACUCCAUGCAUCGAUACCAGCCGAGGAUACACCUCGUGAAGGUGCGUGAAGGAGGUGGCCUCAUCACCGAUUUAUCAAGGGAACAGCAUAGAACUUUCGUAUUCCCGGAGACUGUAUUUACUGCGGUCACAGCCUACCAGAACCAACUGAUCACCAAACUCAAGAUAGAUUCGAAUCCUUUCGCGAAAGGUUUUCGAGAUUCGUCUAGACUUACUGAUUUUGACAGAGAUCCGAUGGAGUUAAUGCUUAUGGAACAACAGUUGCUACGAUCUCCUCUUCGACUGUAUUCCGGAGCAACAGACGCAAGCGAAGAAGCAGAGAAACGAGCCGCUUGGGCGAGGACUCCACCCGCCUUGCAGUUGCUCGCGCUCGGAGGUCGAGCUUGGCCAUCAGCCUGGCCUCAGCCACUCGCACUACCGCCGGACCUUUGGCUACAGAAACCUCCGGCGCCUUUGCGUUACUGUCCUUACCCUCCCCCCACGCAUCCCUCUGCGCCUCCCUCGCGUUCGGAACACGCACCGUCACCGAGACAUCCUAUGUAAAGUAUUGUGACAAAAACUUGAUCCAAAGUGCUGUGAAAACGUUCGAUAACCGUUAAGACUUGUGGACGUUAUUAUGAGUCUAAAAGGUACCUAUUUAAUAUAAGGUAAUUGUGUAAUUGAAUAUUAUCUAUAGAUAUACAUUAGUAAUUUGAAGGUUCCUACCCGAAUAAUAAUUUUAACUGUAUAGAUAGAAAAAUUUAGAAAACAGUUACCUGCGUGUAUAAUUUUCUAAAUCAUUUAAGUGUCAGUCUCAAAAAGUUUUUAUUAAAACCUUAAUUUAAAAAAAAUGUACAGAAAACGAUUUAAAAAGAAACGUUGUAAAAAUAGUAACCAAAGAAUUCGUA